AAUUAAUGAGAGAUUCAAUUUUUCAUUCCAUCUUCUUCUUUUCGUGAUCCUUGAUUUUUUAACAUUUGUUAUCAGAGCCUAUUCCUGAAAAAUUCCAUGGCUUCUGAAAAUUAUGUCCAGCCCUCAAUCCCUCGUUUUGAUGGUCAUCACUACGACCAUUGGAGUAUGUUGAUGGAGAAUUUUCUCCGAUCCAAAGAGUAUUGGACUGUUGUUGAAGGUGGAGUUCCAGAACCAACGGCGGGUGCAAAUGAUGCACAGAGGGCAGAAAUUGAGAAGGAAAAAUUGAAGGAUCUCAAGGCUAAGAACUAUUUGUUCCAAUCCAUAGAUCGAGCUAUCUUGGAAAUAAUUCUUAACAAGUCUACUUCCAAGAAUAUUUGGGAUUCCAUGAAGAAGAAGACGAUGGCUAUUGCAAACAAGAUGAGGAUCCAUGGUGAAAAUCUGGAGGAUGUUGCCAUAGUUGAGAAAAUCCUUCAGUCUAUGACAACAAAAUUCAAUUAUGUUGUUUGCUCAAUUGAGAAGUCAAAUAAUAUUGAGGCUCUUGAUGAGUUGCAGAACUCAUUGUUAGUUCAUGAGUGGAAGAUAAAUCGCCAAGACAAGCAAGAGCAAGCAGUGCAGAUUUCGCAGACACAAGCCUUGCAGACCACAGUUAAUUCAAGGGCUGUAGGUCGAGGAAAAGAAAUCUGGAAAGGCAGACCAAGAUCUGAUAACAGAUCCAAAUCUGCAGGAAAGGCAAAUAUUGAAUGCUUCAGAUGUCAUAAGUAUGGCCAUUAUCGUUCUGAGUGCCGUGUUAAUCUGAAUAGAGGAGAAAGUUCCAAUUUUGCAGAACACAAUGAGAAGAAUGACGAUUCCUCUCUAUUCAUGGUCUGUCUUCCUAAAGAAGUCAACAAGAAGAAUGUGUGGUAUCUGGAUACUGGUUGCAACAAUCACAUGUGUGGAGACAAAUCUGCGUUUUCAGAUUUGGAUGAGUCUUGUCAAGACAAGGUGAAAUUUGGUGAUAAUUCCAUUAUUGCAGUCAAGGGAAAGGGAAAGGGAAAGGUAACCAUUCAUGCCAAAGACAAUUCAAUUCAGACUAUGUCUAAUGUUCUGUAUGUACCAGAUUUGAAGUCGAAUCUGCUUAGUCUGGGACAGCUUCAGGAAAAAGGAUAUGAAAUCCUUAUUAAAGAUGGAGUUUGCAAAUUCGACACAGCUUGGUUAUGGCAUUGUCGAUUUGGACAUCUUUAUUUUGGUGGGUUGAAAGCUUUGCAGCAGAAGAAGAUGGUAAAUGGUCUUCCUCAUUUUGAUUCUCCUUUAGAAAUUUGUGAAAUCUGCGUGACCAAGUUAGAAGCCUUAGCAGCCUUUAAAAAUUUUAAAGUCUUGGCUGAGAAUGAGGUUGGCAGAUCUAUAAAGGUUCUGUGGAUAGAUCAUGGUGGUGAGUUUAAUUCAAAGGAAUUUGCAGAUUUUUGUGAGUUCAAUGACAUUAAAAGGCAACUCACAGUAGCCUAUACACCUCAGCAGAAUGGUGUAUAUGAGAAGAGGAAUCGCACAAUCAUGAAUAUGGUGCGAAGUCUGAUGUCAAAGAGCAGUUUGCCUAAGGAGUUUUGGCCAGAAGCUGUUAAUUGGAGUGUUCAUAUCUUGAACAGAACAUAUGCAUAUGUGCCAGAUCAGAAAAGGAGUAAGCUUGAUGACAAAGGGGAAAAGUGUAUUUUCCUUGGUGUUAGUGAUCAGUCCAAAGCUUACAGAUUAUACAAUCCUUUAACCAAGAAGGUCAUCAUUAGUCGUGAUGUAGUGUUUGAUGAAGCAAGCACUUGGUCUUGGACAAAAAAAUCUGGGCAACAGAUUCCUGCAGAUUUUGAAAAUGGAGAAGAUCUGACUAUGCAGAACUCAGAAGGUCAAACUUCAACAGAUCUCGAGGUUUCAAGACAGACAGUCGAAGAAAUUCUGCCUACAGAAGUAGAGUUCAGUACUGAAGGAAGUCUACCAGCAACACCAAAAAUGGAAUCUGGAACUAGUUCCAGACCUCAACGCAAAAAUAGAAGACCAACAUGGUUGGAAGAUUAUGAGGUAACAGAUCUACCCCAAGAUGAUGUUCCAGUUAAUCAUUUUGCUUUAUUUGUAGAUUAUGAUCCAUUGACAUAUGAAGAAGCUGUUAAAGAAGAAAAGUGGCAAAAGGCCAUGGCAGAAGAAAUUGGUUCUAUUGAAAGGAACCAGACUUGGGAGUUGACAGAUCUUCCAAAAGGGCACAAAACAAUUGGUGUUAAAAAGAAAGAAGCUCCUCUAUCUUUCUCAAUGCUUUGGAGGUUUUUCCUUCUUGCCUUAAUAGCGAGCGUGGGGCAGAUGAUAUAUCUUACUGGUAUCAAAUUCAGUUCCCCUACCCUUUCAUCAGCUAUCGUGAAUCUCACCCCUAUUUUCACUUUCUUGCUUGCAAUCAUGUUCAGGAUGGAAAAGGUAGAUUUCAGAAGAUCAAGCAGUCAAGCCAAAGUCUUGGGGGCUAUUGUGUCAGUAACAGGAGCAUUGGCGACUGCAGCAGUUAAGGCUUAUCCUGAUGAAAUGACAAUUGUAUUCUUCUUCACUUUCUUUAUAACUGUCCAAGCUGCAGUCUUUGCUCUCAUUUUGGAACGAAAUCCAGCUGCCUGGAGACUGAAAUCUAGCGUUGAAAUCAUAGCCAUUAUGUCAACGGCAAUACUUGGGAGUUUGUUCUGGAUUGCUAUUCAUACAUGGUGCUUGCGCAAGAAGGGGCCUGUAUAUGUAGUCAUGUUCAAACCCUUGGGAAUCGCCAUUGCAGUAGUUAUGACAGUCACAUUUCUUGGGGAAAUCCUUCAUCUUGGCGGUGUGAUUGGGUCUAUUAUAAUUACAGUUGGGUUUUAUGCUGUGAUGUGGGGAAAAAGGAAAGAGAAGAACAUGGGUUUGCAAAAUGAAAACUCUACCAUGGAGUCUUCUGGUCCAAAGACUCCUCUUCUGCAGAGCAGCGAAAUGGUAUGAAGUGUGUAAUGUUUUUCUUGAAAGGAGGAAUCUUUCUAAUGAUUUUAUAUGUACUUGUUUUGGCUAUUUUCAUAAUCACCAAUUGUAUUUAUACCUUCUUGAUAUUGAAAUGGCACUAUCAUUGAAUUAAUUAUGAUAUCCAUU